AUGUCGUCCUGGGCCGAUCUCCCCGUAGAAAUCAAGACCAAAAUCAUCAGUCUCACGCUACCAGAUGAUGGCAUCACUCUCAUAGCAGAAUAUCGGAAGGCAGACGAACAACCUUCUGAUGAAGAGAUCGACGCCGACAAUCGGCAGCUGCAGCGACGCCUUUGCUUCAGCCCCGCUGAGGUUUCGGAUCUGUUGCACAUCGACAAGGAGAUCUCUGGCAUCGCGAGAUGGCUCAUAUCGAAAGCCACAACCACAAUUGCUGUCGAUCUGAAACCACGCCUCUUGACCUUUGACGUCAAGUCGCAUCAGGCCUACCCCAUCAGACUCGGACUUUUGCCUCCAUCGAUGAUAUCCAAUGUCAGAAGACUCGAGUUCGUUACCGGAACAGCCAAGCCUGCUUUCAUGGCACUCGACGUGUCUGAGCUCCCACAGCUAGAACACAUAGUCUUUCCGCGAUGGCUGUUUCCAUGUCUCGAAGAGGAGUCAAAGCUCUUACUGCCACAUGUGCCACAAUCAUAUGUUGCACUUAGGCUCCGGCGUCAGAUCUUCGACUUCUUGGACGAAAACGAGGAGGAGAAAUUGCUGAUCCCAACGGCAGACUAUCUGGCGCAGGGCCAAAAUGACAAAGGACUGAUCAAAGCUGCUCAUACCCAGCUCAGUGCGCUGGCUCGUCGUAUCGACCCAGUUCGAGCGGAGAGCUGCGACUGGACUUGGCUCAUGCGGAUAUCCUGUCCCGACGAGGUCUGUGAUUGUGGUUACGGUCUUCACAUCGGUGGUCACGCUCGUCGCAAGCGGAUAUUCGCAAGAACCGUGGUUUACCGGUAG